UUACCCCCGUCGUCUAGACGUGGCGCCCCAAACGCGCCUUACUACGCGGUGGAGACCUUACCGCUACCGUCAUCUCCCCUUCACCACCCGACGUAGAGUCGUCCACGACUAUAGAAGCGGCAGAAUCUCUGCUUCCAGCGAGGGUCUUCGUCCUCCUCUUCCGUCCAGGAGGCAUCUCACUUUCCGACUCACCCUUCAGUCGAACUGAUCCGCUGGCGUACCACUAGCGUAGAAAGCUCUUGGCCAGAAAGAUUCUGGAGCAGCUGCUCUCCAGAUGCGAGCGUCUGAACGCGCUGAAAAGUGCGACCCACGCGAAGGCCCGCUCAAUAAAAGUGACCACCCAAGCGGUCGAUUAUAGCGCGCUCGCAGUGGCACAGCCCACAACCCCAACCACUCAAUUGGACACCGGACGGACAAUGUCCCCGUAAGGGUCCGGAGUCGACCGAUGUGGCGCUGAGCCGAAUCGCACAGUGGGCUAAACGGUUCGCUUUUACGACCGUUGGUCCUCGCAGCAGUCGCAAUCCCCAACGCUGGACAGACGCUUGCACCCUUUGGGCAAUCCUGUCCAGAUCUUCCACACACUGAGCCAACUAAGCGCCAGAUGCUCAGCACAGAUCUACUGUCAGGCAGUCCAGUCAGCAAGAACGCCAACAACACGGUGCUGCACUGUAUGCGCUCCUUAAUCGUACCCAAGUGUGGAGUAAAACACAUUGGGCGAGUUCCAAGUUGCAUGUUGCUUUGUAUUUGUACAAAGUAUCGAGUUCCUGAAUGCAACCUGCUUAUAAUAUGCAAUGUAUCGAGUUCCGAUUAACAUUUUAUGCGUUAUCGAUACGCAUAAAUCAAGCAUAUGACGCAUCAGAAAUUUUGAUUACGCUCAAACAAAACAUAAUGGCUGAAGAAGAAAGUGAUAAAAAGUGGACGCAUGAAAGGAAGCUUUUGCUUUUAAAUAAAAGGCUGUCCAAUGAAGUUGAUUUUUGCGCCAAAAGGAAAAAGAAGUCCGUCCUUUGGGAAAAGGUGCUCCGUGAAAUUAAGGGAGUAGAUGCAGAGUUUCCUUUUUCAUGGGAUGACAUAACCAGAAAGUUUAAAUAAAACGUCUGGAGAGGCUAAAACGUGGGAGUUUUUUGAUCAAAUGGACGAAAUUUAUGGAACCAGGACCGACAUCGUUGUACCAGAGGAACUUUUGGAUUCAUCUUUAAGUGACAUAUUAUCUGGUAUAAAUGAUCACAUCGCAGAUGACGCUAAUAGUGACACAGAUAAAGAACCCCCACGAAAACGGGCUCGAUGCGAUGUUUUGGACUUCUUUCGCGCUGAAAGCCAAGAAGAUAAAAAGUUUUUGAGGGAAUUUUUGGACUGUGAAAAAGAAAAGCUAAAAGUGGAACGGGAAAAGGUUGAAGAGAUGAAGAAGCUGCGUGAGGUUUUGUCCAACAUUCGUAAUUAAAACGCUGAUAAAUUGGUCAUUAAAAGUAGUACGUGUAAAACGUAAUAAUAAUUAUAUUAUUUCAUACAAUGUGCUAUUUUUUAAUACCAA